AUGCUCCCGCAGCUGGUCUGCGUCCUCUUCGUCAGGACGUCCAACGGCUACGGGGCGGCGGCGGGCUACGUGGUGGCCUUCGUGAUGAGGGUGCUGUGCGGGGAGCCGCUGUUCGGCCUUCCCGCCGUCCUGAGGUUCCCGGGGUGCGCAUGGGUGGACGGGGUCCACGUCCAGCGCUGGCCGUUCAAAACCAUCUGCAUGCUGUCCUCUCUGGGGUCCGUGGUGGUCUCCUCUUGGGCGUCUUCGCAACUGUUUAAGAAGGGGAUCCUCCCGGAGAGGUGGGACGUACUCGGCGUGAAGGCUCGGGAGGCUCUCGCCCCGGAACGGCGCUCGCCCACGCCAGCAGAUGGAGCCAGAGGGGGCGACGGUGAGAACCAGAGACUUGCCUCUGAACCAAUGCUGGAAAGUAAAUGCUGA